AGACCCCCGACAGCUGCAGCGAGCGUCCGGCUCGGAGACCACAAGCGGACUGAAGAAACCAAAAUGCCCGACCCCACCGCUGUCACUGCUCUCGUGCGUGCCCUGAUCGAGGCCGAGGUGCCUGAGCUCCCGCCCGGAGACGAGCGCGCCUUGCGUCUGCUGCGGUACGCCUUGCGCAUCCUCGGUUCCUCGAUGCCGAGCGCGCUGCCAUCGGCAUCGCAGAGUGCAGAGCUUGCGCGGCGGCGGCUGGUGCACGCGGGUCGCACCGAGGACGCGCUGGCGCUGUCGCGGCGGCUGCGGGCGCUCGAGGCUUGCCCGGGCGCGCGGAACCUCCCAUGUGUGCUCCACCUCCUCACCUGCCUGAUGCAAUCGCCGCCGCCGGGCUCGCUCGCGGCGUUCGCCCGCGGCUCGCUCCUCGAACGCACUGGCGGACGCGCCAUCGAGAGCGGCGGAGCUUCGCGCCCCUCACGCGCCGCCGUGCCGCUGCCAUCCCGUCGCGCGCCCUCUUGCAGCGACGGAAUCGGUCGCGCGGACGCGUCUGCUUUGCAGCACGCUGCUGCCGCCGCCGCUGCUUCCGGCGGCGCUGCUGCUACUUCCGCCUCCGCCGCGCCCGCGAGGACGGGCUGGCGCGCGGGCGCAGGCAGCGGCGGCGUCGUCGGCGAGGAGGCGCUCGUCCGCGACCUGCUCUACGUGAUGCAAAACAUCGAGGGCAGGCACCUCAAGUGGGACGACAAGGCCGACUCCUUCCUCUUUCAGCCCGCCGAGCGACCACGAGGCGGCCCCCCCUUGCCGCAGCUGACGCCCGCCGCCGCCGCCGCCGCCGCUUCGCUGGCCCCGGGAGUCGUGCAGGCGGCGGAGCUGAGCGAGUGGCUGCGGCUGCUCGCCGUGCUCGAGUCGCAGCGGCUGCAAGGCCUCUCCCUCCAGCUGCCCGCGUGCCUCUCCCUCCUCCAGCUGCUCGUCUGGGGCGAGCCUCCCCUCCAGCGCUUCGUCACCCUCGUCGCGGUCGUGCGAGGGUGCAGCCACCUUCGCGGCGGCGCGAUGACAGUCGGUGUCGAGCGGCUCGGCCAGCACGGCGACCCGGCGGUGGAGGCGUACGUGCAGCGGCUGCUGCGCGGCGCGUGCGCGCCGCUGCUCGAGAGCUUGCGCGAGUUCUUCAUCGAGGCCCGCCCCGCGCCGCUCGCCGAGCUGUGGGAGAAGCGGUACGCCCUUCGGCCGCACAUGCUGCCCUGCUUCCUCUCGCCCAAGGCCGCCUCGCGCGCCCUGCUGGGCGGCAAAGCGAUCAACUUCAUCCGCCUCGCCUGCGGGGAGGGGCAGUGGACCUUCGACGCGGCCGCCGCCGCCGCGAGGGGGGGCGCCGCCGCCGCCGCGGCCGGGCGGCACUUCGGCGCCGCGUUCGAGCCUCGGACAGUCAACUUGGCGGAGCGGGCCGCCGGCGAGGCGACGCUCUCUGCGGCGAUCGAGUGCGCGUGCUCGCGCGCCAACGAGAAGCUGGUCGAGCUGCUGCUCGGCCGGCACCGGCUGCAGGAGCACCUCACCCACCUGAAAGAGUAUCUCCUGCUCGGCAAGGGCGACUUUGUGCAGGCGCUGAUGGAGCCGCUCUUGCCGCAGCUCUCGCGCCCCGCCUCGCAGCUGCACCGCCACCACCUGCUUGGGCUCGUCGAGUCCGCGGUGCGCUCCUGCACCUCGCCCGGUGUCGCGGCAGGGAGCGGGAACGUCGGCUCGAGCGGCGGCGGAUCGGGUUGGGCCCGCGGCGGCAGCGACUCGGAGCAGCUGCUGCUGCUCGCCCACCUCGGCGUCCUGCUGAGCAGCUCGCCGGGCGCCACCGGCUGGGAGGCUUUCUCGCUCGACUACCGCGCCGACCCGCCCGUGAGCGCAGUGCUGAGCGCGGCCGCCGUCGGCGAGUACCGGCGUGUCUUCACGCUGCUGUGGCGUCUCAAGCGCGUGGAGCUGUCGCUGUCCGCCGUCUGGCGCAGGCACACCACGGCGGCGCGGCUGGUGCGCGCGCUCUCGUCCGACGCGCUGCUGCACCGCUGCCACCUGCUCCGGCACGAGAUGGUGCACUUCGUCUUCAACCUGCAGUACUACCUGAUGUUCGAGGUGAUCCAGUGCUCGUGGGAGGAGCUCGUCGCCGCACUCGCCGCCGCCUCCGACUUGGACGGCCUCAUCGGCGCGCACUCGGCCUUCCUCUCCGCCGUCGUCCAGAAGGCCAUGCUCGGGCCGGAGAAUGCGCCGCUGCUCGAGGCGCUGGACGCGCUCUUCGAGACGAUCCUCCGGUUCGCAAAGUCGCAAGAGCUGCUCUACAUCCACCUGCUCGAGCAGCGAGCCGCCGCCAAGCAGAUGGCGGCAGCCGCCGCCGCAAACACCGCCGCCGGCGGGUGGGGCGCGGCGGGCGCGGCAGAGGCGGAGGCGCUGCUCGCCGAGGGGGACGCGCCGCCGCUUCAGCCGCACUUUUACGAACAGCUGCGCGUGCACGCCGCGCAGUACCGGCAGCAGUUCGCCGCCUUCUUCGCGCAGGUGACGCGCCACGCCUCGCUCGACCUCACGUUCCUCUCCUUCCGGCUCGACUUCAACGCGUACUACGAGUCGCUGGGCGGCGCGUAG